AUGCUGGCUCUCCGAGGCUGGAGAGAUCGAGAUUGCGACGGCAUCCCCGACCAUCUGGAUCCUGAUGAUGACAAUGAUGGCUUCUUUGAUAAAAAACAAGACAGCGACAGAGAUGGCAUUCUAAAUGAAUAUGAUGAUGACGAUGACAAUGAUGGCAUCCCUGAUCUGGAGGAUGAAGAUGCAAACGGUGAUGGCUCCAUUGACUGCGUUGUCAAAGAUUCCGACCGUGACGGGAUACCUGAUCACGUCGAUUUGGAUGAUGACAACGACGGUGUCCACGACCUGAAAGAUUCCAAUCAUCCUUUGUACAACUUCUUCAGUGACAGUGAUAAAGUGAGCUGCCCUCUCAAGUCUGAAGCCUUUACUUUGAUUUUCACACAUCCAAACUUUGAAGGGUUGACUCGAGGUUUACACUUUAGCUGA